UUGGCGCGUGCGGGUUCCGGAGCGCGCUGAGGUGAGGCGCCGGCGCGGCGCGGCGGGGCCCGGCAUGGGGCUGCUGAGCGAGCUGGCUCGCGGGCUGGUGCGGGGCGCCGACCGCAUAGCGCCGUUCACCAGCAAGCGCGGCCCGCGCAGCUACAACAAGGGCCGCGGGGCCAAGAAGCUGGGCGUGCUCACCUCCAACAAGAAGUUCAUCCUCAUCAAGGAGAUGGUGCCGCAGUUCGUCGUACCCGACCUGACGGGCUUCAAGCUCAAGCCUUACGUCUCGUACCGCGCCCCCGAGGGCUCCGAGCCGCCCAUGACGGCCAAGCAGCUCUUCACCGAGGUGGUGGCCCCCAGCAUCGAGAAGGACGUGAAGGAAGGCACUUUCGACCCGAGCGACCUGGAGAAGUACGGCUUCGAGCCGACGCAGGAGGGCAAGCUCUUCCAGCUCUUCCCCAAGAACUACGUGCGCUAGGGAGCGAGUGGCGGGGUUGCUGCACCGUGGCGGCGCCCCCAGCCUCCUGGGAGAUGUGUCAUCCGUGUAUGGGGACUUGUCCUGCACCUGCAAGUAUGGGACGCUUUCUUUUGCUGGCUAUUAAAAGCAAAUCCUCUCA